AUGGCUUUUGCCUAUGUGGCUUCAGGAAUUGGAUCUGCCCCAUACCUUUUAAAGCAGCCCAGUGCAUCAGAAACCGAGAAUGCGUAUGUGUACAAUUUAUCUGCUCAUGAGAAGAUUUUACAAAACUACUCCAAAGUUAUGAAUUAUAUUAAAGAUGUAUGGUUGACGCCAUAUAAGGAGAUGUUCAUAUUCGCCUGGAUAGGCACCUACAUGCAUUUUGGCAACCUGACUACUAACAGAGCCGAGAGUCAGCAUUCGAAGUUGAAACGAUACUUGGGAACACCUCAAUCAGACUUGGAGUCAGCAGUGUCGUCUAUUCAUCAGCUCAUCCAUGAUCAGUUCACAACAAUAAAAGCUAGUUUGGAGAAAAGCAAAAAAAAUGUCCAACAUCGAUUCAAAACAGACCUAUUCCUAGAAUUAUGGGGUUUUGUCUCAGUGGAUGCGUUGAAUCUGAUUUGGUUGGAAUUUGAAUGGUCUAAAGUUAUUGGUGAAGAUAUCUACUCUUGUGGAUGUAAACUUCGUACAAGUAAUGGACUGCCAUGUGCGCAUGAGCUUGCAAUAUACACGAAUGAAGAUCGUCCUAUACCACUUGCUUGCAUUGAUAAGUUUUGGAAAAAACUUGACUUAUUGCCAAGUGUUUCACCUAUCAAUGAUGAUAUCGAUUUUGUUAAGACAAAUAUUCGUGGACGCCCCUCCUCAAAGAAGAAAAUAGACAAAUCAACUCGUUGUAAUCAGUAUGCAUUCGAUUUUGUUCAGCACGAUUUGAAUCAUUCUCAGGAUCCAGUUAGACACAAUAGUUCAUUAGUUCGCCCCUCCGCAAAGAAGAAAGUAGACAGAUCUACUAGUGGUGAUGCAUCUGCAUUCGAGUUCGUUCAGCAAGAAGAUUUUUGUUAUUCUCAGGAAUUAGAUGUAAGAGCUUAUGGGAAUUGUGGCUUCCGGGCUAUUGCUGGAUUACGUGGUUUUGGAGAGGAUGCAUGGGUAAACGUCUGGCAAAACUUGAUUGACGAGUUGAGAACAUUUUGGGCAGAGUAUGUUGAACUAUUUGGUGGCUAUGAUCGGACAUGUUCCAUUUACAACUCACUAAACUUCUGUUCUGAACAAUGUUUGACAUUUUUGCCACUACGAUCAAUGCCUCCACCGCCGCAUGAACAUGUUAUUGUCACUAUCGGGUUUGUUAACAAUAAUCACUUUGUCCAAGUUGUCUUGACAAACGGUUAUCCGAUGGCUCCCAUUAUGGUUCAGUAG